AUGGCCGCGGGGGUUACAGUGAAUCCAGAUAAGGCGCAGACUUUCCCUUCAUGGAUUGAGUACUAUGAUAAAUUCGAAAACGGGCAUGCAAGUACAGGAACCUGUACAAAUGGUUGCCAGGACAAUAUGAACCAAGUCCCAACCACACAUUAUACUGGAGGAUUAACGGAGAUAAAAGUACAAAACGCAAUAUGUACAGCGUGCAAAAUUUAUAAGGACCCGAGUAAACUAUCUAACAAAGAAGCCUAUCAUUUUCUAUAUUAUUGGAUAGGGGACAAAUUGUCUAAGAGUAGCAGUGUGAAUGAUGGUACUUUCGGACAGCAUGUGCAGCGUGCUUGGCAAACUAUAAAUGGAUAUUGUGCGCCGAAGGGAAGUAGCACUCCAGUAUGUGGACUCCCUUACGGGGAUAGUCCGAACAAAGGCACAUUCAAUAGUCAGAAAAUAAUAUUCGAUUUCUCUUAUGACUAUAGUACCAUAGAAAAGGAAUUCCAGAAUGUUGAUUCUUAUUGCAAUGGGCAUCAAUGGUCGCCCUAUCGGGAAAAAAUUGAAUCAGCAUGUAGGGAAGUGGAAAAAUAUUGCACCAAUGAAAACAGUAAUAAUAGUGUAUAUUGUGCCGACUUUAGUGAUAAGUACAAAGUAUAUUGUGAAGCAGCAAAACUGCCAAAACUGAAAUGUGACUUAAAAUUUGCACAGAAAACUGCAGCGCAGGCAACAGAAGCAACACAAAAAGCAGAAUUGGCAGAACGUGAGAAGGAAGCAACACAGGCCCAAUUAAGUGAUGCUCUCAAUCAAUCCAGCACUGCUUCGUCCCUUUCUUCUGCCUUCGGAACCUUAGCCUUAAUGGAACUACCUGCAGUCGCUUAUCUCUUCUAUAAGUAUAAACCAUGGUCUUCCUGGUUUGGUAACCAUUCUAAUGGAGGAAAAGGCACAAGAAGAAAGAGAAGAAGAUCUGUUGGACACCACUUUGAUGCAUCCACCGAGGACAACUUAACGGAAUAUACCAUGGAUAAUUCCACAAUAGAUCCAAUGGAUGGCGAUUCCAGCACACUACGAUCUGAUGUAUACAACACAAGGCAGUCCAGUGGAAGACGAAAUAGUACACGGGGUCCUGGAAUAGUAGGUUAUCAAAACAUGUAA